AAACUCAGAUGGGAGCCGCAGGAGGCUAGGGGCACAGAUGGGAGGCGAAAAGCCCAUAAUGUCACACCCUUUGUCCGAACCAAGCAUACACAAUAUCCACACAUCAACACUGUUGUCCUCAACAACUCGUGCUGGAAGGCAAGGAUUCGAGGAUACAGUGCUGCGAUGCGCCUCUCCAAAAAUCUUGACGCUGUACACACCGACUUCCUAGCUAACCUCGAGUGA